AUGAUUCGUUUGGUCAUCAUGCUUAUUAUUCUUAUCUUCUUCUUUAAACAGGUUUUCGUUUCGUUAAGAACAACAAUGUUCAUAUUAGGAAUGAUGUGUGUAUUCAUAGGCAUAUCUUUACUAGCACCUGAUGAUACAAGAGGCAACGAGACAAUAAUACAUCAUCUCUUGAUGCCAAUGGUGUAUUCGAAGAUCACAGGAAUUAGAGGAAACGGACUCGAGAGGGCUAAGAUCUUGUCCAUGAGAGGAGGAUCAGGAUGGAGCAAACUAGCCAUGGAAGAAGGAACAAGAAUGCUUGAAAAUACAUCUUAUCAUCACCCUUCAAAGGCUUAA